AUGUCGUGUCAGUCGCUCGCCGCUCGCGCCUUCGCCGAGCCCGAGAAGGACAUGACACAUUGCAGUAGUUUCCACAGAUCAGUGCGGUUCAGUUCAGAUUCCCGGAGCUCCACCAGAGCGAAUGAUGCGGAGAAUAAAAGGGAGACGCCCGGUUCUAUAUCGCUGACAGCGCUGACGGUGACUCCGGUGACGUCACAGGGCUCCGCCAUGAGCCAGUCGCUGCCGUCCGCCUCUGUCAACUAUGAUGAUGAUGAUACGCCGGCGCCCCUGCUCCCCUCGUGUCGGUUCCCCAAGCUGGAGGAGUGCGCCCACUUCCACUACGAGCGAGUGUCCCUGGGAGGGCUCAGCAUUGAGACUGUCAAGUGCGAGGAGAAGUGCCAGGAUUCGCUCGAUGAAGGCUGGAUCUGUUUAAAAGUCCGUUCUCACGUGAACUCGAGUGAGUCGGAGUCUCCUCGCGCGCUGAGCUCGAGCUGGACGGAGGCCAGCGCCGUCAGGCAGUGGACGCUCACCAGGAACAGGGACAAUCUGCUACAACUCGAUGACAUGCUACAUAGAUGUAUAUAUGACCGCAAAGUAUCAGGGCUACCGAACCUCCGUGAGAAGAUAUCGUCGUCCCUCACUCAGUCGGAAGGAGAGUACCAGAGGCUCAUAGCAGACUAUGUGCACCAUCUGUCCAUUAUAGCGGACGACUCCAUCAACUGCGGGCCCGUGUUGAACUGGCUGCAGAUGGACAAUAAAGGCCAUAAGCUACUGGUAGCGAACGAAGACUCAUCCUCCAUCAACACGCCGGCCGUCGCCGCCGCAUACUCCGUCAGGAAAUACGUGUCGCAGGCGCGGGAUGAAAUUAGUUUCGAAGUGGGUGAUAUGAUCUCAAUCAUAGACAUGCCUGGUCCGGCGGAGUCGCUGUGGUGGCGCGGCAAGCGCGGGUUCCGAGUGGGGUUCUUCCCUCACCACUGCGUCGCUGUCAUCGGGGACAAGGUGCCGCGGCAUAUGACGCAGCCACCGCCUAUUGUUGGCUCAGUAGCGGUAGCACCUAUAAAGCCAGUGCUUCGCAAACAUGGGAAGUUGAUCUCCCUGUUCCGAAGCUUCAUACUAUCGCGGCCGUCGCGCAGGAGUCUCAAACAGCAGGGUAUACUAAGGGAGCGAGUCUUCGGAUGCGAUCUGGGGGAGCAUCUGCUUAAUUGCGGACAUGAUGUACCUCAAGUCCUAGUAGAAUGCGCCCGAGCAAUAGAAGCCCGCGGCGCAGUGGACGGAGUGUACCGCCUGUCAGGGGGCGCGGGCCUGACGCAGCGUCUCCGCGCGGCCUUCGACGCGGGCUCCCCGCCUGAUCUCAGCGCGCCACCUACUACUAGGGACCCACAUGCAGUGCCUUCGCUGUUGAAGAUGUAUUUUCGUGAGCUCCCAAACCCGCUCUGCACGUACCAGCUGUACGAGAGCUUCGUCAGCGCCGUGCAGGCCGGGGACGAGGCGGCCCGGCUCCGGGCCGUCAGGGACACCGUCGUCAAACUGCCGCCGCCGCAUUAUAGGACGUUGGCGUACCUAAUGCGUCACCUACGGCGAGUGUCCCUGCUAGGGGAGCAGACGGGUAUGACGGCGCGCAACAUGGCCAUCGUGUGGGCCCCCAACUUGCUGCGCGCCCCGCGCCCGCAGCACGCGCUGCAGGGAGUCGCUGUACAGGCGGUAGUCACAGAAUUCCUGAUCUGCUAUGCCGAGGAGUUGUUUGCACAGGAGCAGGGAGAGGAUUCUGGACCUGAGUCUUUGGAACAGGAUCGUUGUGAGUCUGAAAUAGAGCUCCGCGGCAAUGACUCGUGUCGCCGUCCUAAGAGCUUGCCGAUCAACCCGCCCACUAAGUUACUGAGCUUGGAGGAAGCCCGUCGCCGCGGGCAGGCGGGCGGCGCGGGCAGCCCGCGCAGCCCGCGCCUGCCCGCGUCGGGCGCCAUCGCCGCCGCCGCAGACACCCAGCUGCGGCCGUCCUCGCAUCUACGGCCCAACUACAUCGAGGUGGGGUCGGGACCAAACAACUUACCUCAGUAUCACACCGUGCUAGAGCUACCAGCGCCCGGCAAGCGCGGCCUGAAGCGGUCCCCGACGGGGUGGCGCGGCCUGUUCGCGCGCCACAAGACGCGCGCCCGCCACCUGCCGCGCGCGCCGCCCGCGCCCGCGCCCGCACUGGACGUACCGAUGACCUCGCAGCCCCCGCUAGGGCUCCGCCCCGUGAAGUCUUGUGAGUCCCUCGCCUCGGACACUGACACUCUCGCUCCAUUAGCUGAGCGAGCCGCCGCGCCGCUUAAACAUCAUACCAGAUCAUCAUCCUGCGACUCUUACUUCGAGCCGUGGCAGGCCGAGCUAGCAGACAUGCGACUACGUUUGUCGCCACAGGAGAGAGAUCACCACAUGUUUAGUGAAGAGGAUGAUACACAGUUACAGAUCAAUCAUGCACAGGACUCGUUAUGCUCGACGCCUCCAGAGUCCGGUCUAUGCAGCGCAGAGAACAGUCCGCGACGGAACCUUAGGGUCGAUAUACAUCAAGCUAAUGAACUCGCUGAGCGUCGCCGCGCGGCCCUGGAGGAGCAGUUGUCCCAGAUAGGGUACAUCGACGGCGAGUCCCCGCGGGCGCGCCCCGCGCCCGAGAAGCGCCACUCGGCGCGCCCCGCCUCGCCCACUCACACCGACAUUGCUAAGAGACUAUGCAAAGACCGAGAUAGCCCAAUGGCUUCACUCACGGACUUUCCUACCUCCCUGGCUAAUGUCAAACUUAGAGAAAGAAAUUCACCAAGGAAAUCGAAAACACGAUACAGUGGCAUGCAUUUUGACACGGACAAACAGACAAACAGACUCAGUUGGCAUGGCAAAGAUGGACAUUCUACAUUCACCAAAGACGGUCAUUCUACCUUAAUAAAAUCGACUGGCCAGUUGAAAAUUCAGUCAGUAAUUUGACUACAAGCACAAUUAAUUCUAGCCCCUAACGCCUGUAACUCCUGUUUAUGAUCCCUUAGAAAGCGACUCGGAAGUUAGCGAGGCUAACAAACACACUAUACAAAUUAAAAGUGAAGUUUGCGACUCCUGCGAGCAAGAGAAAUGUCUCAAAUGCGAGCUCAGAGCUACGGACUACGAAAAUAUAAAAGACUUCACUGAAUUGCACGAUAGUUUAGAACAUAGUCCACAUUCGACAGAUAUAAGCUAUCAUAAUCUUAAUCGACUAUCAGCUGUGUCCAACUCCUCGAAUUCAGAUCAUACGGACAAGAAAAAGGAUGACAAUGACGUCAUGAAAGUUAUGACGUCAUCACACGAGAGUUCUUCCAGUUAUUCCAACGUGAGUUUGACGAAAGGAGAUGAGUUGUACGAAUGCUAUAAUUAUACGAGACCAAAUUAUAUCAAUUUGCAGUCUUCAAGUACUAGUAAAAGUUCGCCAGGCAGUCCUUUGAAAAGUCCAUUGAAAUCCACUAUAAGUAUUACAUUCCGAUCUCCAACAAAGAGUAAAAAUUUUGAGGACACGCCCACUAAUGAUAGGGAUUCAGUUUACGAAGACAUUGAUUUAGAGAAGAACUUGUCCAUAGUUGAAGACGCGAGCGUCCCACAGACUGAUGCCUGCUUACCCACUCAACAGGCUUGCCAACCUAACGAUAUACAGGACCUUAUAAUCCUAGAAACACCCACAGAAACGAAUCUAGAUGAAGACCUAGACGUAUACAGCCAAGUCAAGUUUUUCAAAAAGAGCAUAGAUGAGGUGAACGCUAUGUUGCUUCCAGAAGAUAGACAUUAUGAAAAUAUUGCGUUCGAGAAGCAAAAUGAUUACGAAAACAUAAACGUUGAUACUCUAAAGAUUUGUGAUAAAGAUAUGAGUGACGUAGAUAACACAAAGCCGGUCGAAAAUGGUAAUUUUAAGAGUAUGAAUGUAAGAGAGCUAGCCAUACGCUUCGAGAGUCCUACUGAACAGAAAUCAGCAUUCACUUUCGAAAAAUUCAAGGCUGAAAUCAAAUAUCCGAGCCUAGAACGCAAGGAUGAGAAAAAAGUCAUCGAAAUUAAGAAAAUAGACUUAAAAACACCAUCUGUAUCGCCAAAAUCUUAUAAAUUGUCGAAAAAUUCUUGUAAUGCGAGGUCUUUAGAUGAGAAUGCCUUCAUAAAGGAAUUUGGCAACGACCAAUCAAACGAUAGACGCAAAAGUCUAGAGGUAAAAACUUCAAAGAAGCUACCGGACUUGAAUUUGAACACGGACACGAACACAAAGUUAUUAUAACGCCGACGACGGAAAACAAAAUCUCUCUAAUACAACGCUUCGACCGACCAGACGUUAAGAACAUUAUAAGCUUCGAUUGUGAUAAAAAAUUGAGCCGGAACGAAUAGAGAAGUACAAAGAAGAAAGGAGAAAUUUCCUCAGAGAGAAAUAUAGUUCGCAGUCUUUCCGUUCAAACCCUGAACAGUUAACUAGAAUCAAAAUUCGAAAAGAUAGAGAAGACAGAAUUGAGACGUGUGAAAGACUAAAAGAAGAGGUGCCUAAAUUUGAGAGGAGGAACACAGUAGAUCUAGGUCAAAGAUUAAGGUUCAGUCUAGCUAAGAGUAGUACUAAUUUGGAGUCUAUUCCAUCUCCUACCAGUCCUGAUGAUGAGAGGGAGUUUAAGGGUGAACAUGAUGACAGGAGUCAAUACGAGAGAAAAGAAAAAAUGUCGCCCUCAUACAACAUUAAGGAUAUGACAGCGAUCUUCGAGCAGAAGUCUCACCCACAUACCGGUUGA